AUGCCAAUAUCUGGUGGCUCGAGAGUUUCUGGUGAUAACAUGUUCACAAAUAAAUGCGUGAGUGUCACCCUUGAUGAGUCUAAUUGCAUGUUGUGGAAUAGCAUAUAUUCCUUAUCAUGCGCAAUCAUCGGCUGGAAAAAACUCCUCAACGGUAGUGUUCCUUCUCCUUGUUCGACGGUGACCCUUGAUGAUGAACGUGUCGUCGAUAAUGAUGCUUAUGAAGUUUUUUUUGCACAAGGUAGUGCGUUAGCUUCUUGGCUUUUGUCCACCAUCGAUCCAUUUCUUUCUCAUCUCGUCGGGGUUGAGACAACGAUUGAAAUUUGGUCCAAGGUCAUUCAGUUUUUUGCGAACAAGUCUUCGUCCACCAUCGUGAAUCUCCAUUACAAGUUGAAACUGAUUCGGAAAGGUGAUUUAUCCAUGCAUACAUACAUUGCGCAAGUCAAUGAGAUUUGUGAUGCCUUUUCCACUUGUGAUGCUCCGGUGUCCGAUUACGAACAGAUCGUCACCAUCUUGAACGGUGCUCCGGUGCCCCUUGUUAUGUGA